AUGAGAGCCUAUAAUGAACUAGUGGUAAAGUCCGUUUACAAAAGAGAGAAUUUCUGUACACAAGGAUUUUGUCAUUGGAAGAUGAAUUUGGCGGCAGUGUCCACGAGGGAUAGGGAAACAUUAUUUGUGGCGGUCGAUGAUGUUAUUUUCGUGUAUUCGUUAAGUCAAUUCGAAGAAUUCGAGGAAAAUAAGUCAACGAGAGAACCAAAAGAACCGAUCAGAAAACUUCGACGAAAUUGGAACGAUUCGGAGAACCAAACAAUCAAUGCCAUCAAAGUUGGAAUGUUGGGACAGGAGGAAAUGCUAGUGUGUGUUGACGAUUCUGGAGGGAUAUGUCUGUGGUACACGGCUGACCUUAAUCGAAGACCAAUUUUCCUUAGUAAUGAUGAAUCCACGUGGGGCAUAGCGUUACAAGGCCAAAAGAGAUUGUUAGCUGUGAGUGCUAAUUCGUAUAACAUUACGAUUUAUAAUUUAAAAGCCCAUGUGAAUCAAUCCGAAUGUGUGAAUAACCAUAAAGGAUCUUUGAGAUCUUCAAAAUCUACAAUCUUACGGAGAUUUUCCGACGUUGUUGAAAUGGGCGAUGUACCACAGUAUUCAUUGGUUGGACAUUCACACAAUAUUCCUAGCAUAUCGUUUAGCCCGUGUGGAAAUUUUUUAGUUUCAUGUAGUAUCGAUUGCUCUUGUCGAAUUUGGAAUGUUCAAACUGGCGAGAUAAUUGUUUCCCGGGACGUGUCUCGUCUAUGGGGUUGGUCUGCGUGUUUUGUAUCGACUUCCAGCAUUAAAUCUGCACCAGAAAGUGUUUCGGCAUGGGUUCGCCCUUUGUACAUGUCCAACAAAACGGAUCCAAACCGUUCUAAUCAACCACUUGAAAGAACACGUCAAGGUUCUGAGGAUAAUAAUGAUGGUAAUGCUUCUAACGUAGGCAAUGUGGAUGCUACAACUGUAUCGGCGCGCGAUGUUUUAAACGUCAGAUUCGAUCAUUUGGAGACAGAAUUUGAGGAUGGGUACCUUGAUACAACGGGUGAUGAUAAUGCUAUCUAUAGUAGUGACCACGAAAGUGAUCAAGAUGGUGACCAGGAAAGUGAUUCAGAGAAUGGAAUUGAGUCCAUCAUAGAUUUAGAUGAUGAAAAUGGAAACGAUUCGAAUAUUCCUAUGCCAGAGAUUAUAUCUGAUGAAGGAUGGGGGUCAGCUUCUGAGCUCCAUCAUAUAGUUAACAAUGAUGGCAACGGAAACGAACGAAAUGAAGUUGCUUCUUCGCCAAUAUCCAGGCCGAAUGCACCAGACGUUCAUCGUCAUGUUGAACAUAGUUCUUUUAAUCCGUCUUUUCCGUUGUUAACAUGGUCUAGUAAUUCGCCACCAUAUUCUCCAGCAUCUCCUUAUAAUUCUGUAGUUCAAUCAUCAACAAACACCACUCUUUCACAACCUCUGCCAACAUUACAUUCCACCUAUUCUAACUAUUCUCGGGAAAAUUCUCAAAAUUCACAGCCUUAUUCUACAAAUCAGUUUUCUCGGGAGCAUUCUCAUAUAUCACAAUCGCGAUCCUCCUCUCAAUACACGCCGACUCUUCUGCAACUUUCUCCGUUAUUGCAUCCAAGCUCACGAUUACCCCCUUCGCAAUCUCCAGCUGAUUUCAAUAUUUUUCGAAAUUCACCAAACUCUGGUCCAACAAAUACGAAUAAUAAUGAUUCACACGUUCCAAGUAAUGAUGAGGCGCAAAAUCGCAAUGACGCAUUUUCGACUAAUGUCAUGACAUCAGAUUCGAACCAUAAUGGCAGCUUUUCGUCAGCUACCCCUUUGCAUUCGGUCAAUUCACCAAUACAUAUGGAAGCACCGGAAAACUCAAUCAUUGAUGAUAGAAGUGAAUCAGGGUACACAACGAUAUCCCAAUACAAUGACGCACCAACUUCACCAAACCACGAAUCAUCGGCUUCCCGAGAACGAUCGUCAUCGCAUUCGCAAAGUAGUCCGAAUCACGUCGUCAAUAGUCCAGCAUAUUCGCCUCUUUCUCUGGCAGAGAUCCAGUCGCCUCGCGCACCUCAAUUAUCCGAACGGCGACAGCGUGUCUACAUUCCUCCAACGAUAACCAGGCGGAUUUCAAAUUUUCGAAUAUCCGAGGUUUUGAGAGAUGAGGUAGUUCGUCGUACCAUUGAUCAUUCCCCUAGAAUUCCUCCGAAUCCCGGGUUCAAUACGAAUUUUCGUGAGUCAAAAUGUCGUCGACAAGGCAAACCUCACGCGGAGGAACUCAUUCUUUUCAGCACGCAACAUGAUCUGUACCUCCUUGAUCCAAAGUCCGGAUUGCGCACUCUCGAUUAUAAACGGGGUAUUAUUAGAGACCCGAGGCGUGGUUCUGUGUUAACCGGCCAUGACCGUUUAAAUAUGGUUGAGUAUAUACCCGAACUUUCGCUUGCAGUAGUUGCUAGCCAGAAGGGCAAGGUUGCUUUGGUUAGAAUACUCAAAAAGUGCAACUUAGCAGGUCAAGAAAACUAUUCCCUUUCUCUUGAAAGAGAUUAUUUGCCUUCGGACCCCUUACCGAACGCUCCCCUAUUAGGAAUGUUUGUUGUGAAGAAUUUCACUAAAGGAUUGGCUCCACAGUCUUGUUCUUGCCGUCUCUAUCUGGCAUACACUAGUGGCGAAUUAUAUUGUUACAACAUUCAAAGACCUGAACAAAGCGGUGAUUUAAUAGGACUGGAUCAAAUUAUACUCUAG